AUGUAUCGUAUAGAUCUAAAUAAUAAGGUGCCGACGAAUAUUCCUCCAGGAGUUCCAGCAUCAACUAAUCUAUCAAAAAUCCAAUAUUGGAGACAUUUAGUUCCUGAUGAAGAUGUUUGGCGUGCUAAGGGUUCAAGCAUUAUCGAUCGAUCAUUUACAGAAGUGACGAGAAUUUUGGACAAAAUAUCGACAAGCAGAUUCAGAAUUAACAUCAUCCUUAGCUCAGCAACUUCAUCUCGGCUUUUUUUUCCUCGUGGAUUUUAUUGUCUGGAUAUUAUUAAACAUUGGGUUUCUUUAAUUGACGGUGAUGGUUGGGUUGCUCGAGAACAGAUUUGGGAGAGGAAGCUUGUAGUUCCAGUAGAAUUUCAAACACAAUAUCCUUAUUAUGCGAAUCCUCCUACGUUGUUAUUUGCAAUAAAAGCAUUUAUUGAAAGAGUUGAUGAUGUAGAGAACAAACUUAAACUCGGUGCAGACGAUGUAAUUGGACAACAUAUAUUCAAUGAGCAUAUAACCAGUACAACAGAUCACAGCAAAUAUUUCAUUAAGUUAAAUUAUAAAUGGCUUAGAAGAACUCAAUGGGGUGUAAUUAAAGAAUGGAGAAGAAAAGCAAAAGUAGAGAAGCUUAUAGAUGGCGUGGUCGAACUUCUGAGCAUGCCACCGACACCACCACAUCCUGCUGAAUUGCAUGUUGAUCUUAUGUGCUGGGUUGGAUUUAUGGCAAGAACACUCAAGAAUAUUGCGGAGAAGAUGAUGAUGCAGAAGAUUUUGGAGAAGAAUAUAAAAAUAUCAGUAUAUUUAUUUGCAAAUGUUUUUAUGCUAGAUUUACAUUGGAGUGAGGAACAUGAUGCAUUUCGUGAUUUAUCAGUCGAAGAAGAUGAGGAAUCAGUAUUUGUUUGUCAUAAAGGAUAUUUGUCGCUAUUUCCGAUAGUGUUAGAAUUGUUGCCUAAUGAUUCACCAAAGUUGGGAGCAAUAUUAGAUAUGAUUCAUAAUCCAAAGGAAUUAUGGUCAAGGUCAUUGUCAAAAUCUAAAAAAUUAUUUCAUACGGGAGAAGAUUAUUGGAAAGGAAAUAUAUGGAUAAAUAUCAAUUAUUUAGUAUUAUCUUCAAUAUAUAAAAAUUAUGCAAUUGUUGAAGGUCUUUAUAAAGAAAAGGCAAAGGCUAUGUAUGAUGAAUUGAGAAACAAUAUCAUCAAAAAUGUCUACAAG